AUGCUUCUCUACUCGGUGGAAUCAUCUAUCCAAUUAGUUUCCCGUGUGGAUAAGACGGCGAUCGCCGGUGUGAGGCUCUUGCCGAGAAAGCUGGCUUUACUAGCGUUGUGCCUGGAUGAUAUCAAGACAGUCAAGAACAAGCUCAAUGCGGUAAGCUUCUACUGUCUAUGACGUUUAUCACGCUAUCCUUAGUUGCUCACCAAGGGUGAUUGAACUCACAAGAUAUAUGGGUUAUUAAAAAACAUUAUAGGCAAAUUUCAAUUAUCUAAUUAUUGUGCCCUAAUACUGAAUCUCUUUGGUCCAAAGGUACCCUCUCAGAAAUAAUUCUCUGUAGAAAUUUCUCAUUUCUCAACUAUUAGAUCCCCUUUUCAAGAACCCCCAGUCAACCCAAGCAUAUUUAUUUCACAGAUUGGUUGAGUCAUUCCUCAUGUUUAUGUUUACAGGCUAUAGAUUUUCUCAACCAUCAGCUGUAUUCCAACACAGACCUAAUCCUCUCGAACAUCGUCGGCCCUUUGGACGUUGUCACAUUUGCAAAGAAUCACAUCACUAAGAUUUGGGUUACAACAACCAGUCCACCUCUGGUAUGUUUUUCUCUGUGAGCUUCCACUGUUGUGACUGAUGGGUAAGUGGUACGAUAAAAAUGGUGCCUUUCUCCGAGUGCUGCAGGCUCUAGAGAUCCACAUGCUGACCUACAAUGGAAAGGCGUUUCUAAAUGUCCUAGUGGCUGCGGACAUCAUCCCUGCCCCUGAGCUGCUGUGCAAGUCCAGAGUGAUGGAUGCUGAAGACUAUGGAUCGGAGUCGUGA